AUGGCUUCGUUUGACGGCAAGACGAUUGCCAUUACAGGUGCAGCAUCCGGUAUUGGCCUCGCAGUUGCUAAGCUCCUAGCAAGUCGUCGUGCCCAACUCUCGCUCGCCGACAUGAACAAAGCCGGCCUUGAGGCUGCUCUCAAGUCUCUUCCUGGUGAUGGACACAUCAUCACACAAGUCGAUGUGCGUGACAGCCAAGAAGUAAACGCAUGGAUCGAGAAGACGGUUUCUGUCUUUGGCAAGCUUAACGGCGCUGUUAAUAUGGCCGGCGUUUUCACACACGGCACAUGUCUUCGCGAUGAGACUGAUGAUAAGUGGGACUUCAUCAUGGGAGUAAAUGCUCGCGGUGUUUUCAAUUGUUUGAGAGCAGAGCUAAAUCAUAUCAAGUCUGGAGGAAGCAUUGUAUCAGCAGCUAGUGUUGAUGGCCAAGCUGGCUUUGCUAAUGCUUCUGUAUAUUGUGCAAGCAAGCAUGCUGUCAUUGGCAUGUCUCGAUCUGCCGCAAAAGAGAACGAGAAUAUUCGCAUCAACUGUGUUGCACCAGGCAGUGUUCGAACACCCAUGAUGGAAGGUGAGGGAAUGGCUGAAGCAGUAGAAGCAGAACUUGCACUGCAGGUUCAAAAGCGUCCUGCUGAGCCUCACGAAAUUGCGAAUGUUAUCGCUUUUCUCCUCAGUGAAGAAGCCAGUUUCGUCACUGGAGCUGUUUAUAACGUUGAUGGAGGUUGGAUCUGUUAG